AUGGGCCGCGUUAAAGUUACUCAUGAUAAAAAAGUCGCCAUCAAAACGUUACUGGAAACCGGCUUGAGUCAACGAGCAGUUGCUCAACUAUCGAAUGUCUCUCAGAAAUGUGUUUUCGGUGUCUCAAAUAAGUUAAAACAGAAAUUACCAUUAUCCAAUACUCCAGGACAAGGUCCAAAGAAAGCAUCUACACCAACUGACGAUCGUCGCCUGCUCCGAAUUAUGAAGAAAGACCGAACACAAUCUAGUCAGAUGUUAGCGUCCGAAUGGACUUUAUCAAAUGGAAAGAAAAUGAGUGCUCCAACUGUGCGUCGUCGUCUAUUAAGUAUGGGUUACAAAAGUUAUACGACAAAAAAGAAACCCAUGAGAAAACCUGCUCAAAUCAAACAACGUGUGGUCUUCGCUCGAGAUCAUCAGUAUUGGACAACUGAAUGGAACAAUGUUAUUUGGAGUGAUGAGGCUCAUUUUGAGGUGUUAAAUCGCAAAAAUGGAUCGUUGGUUCGUCGUCUAAAAUCAGAAAACAAUGAGCCAUUCAAUUUCGUUCCACGUGUGCAGGGAGGUGGUGGAAGUGUCAGCGCACGGGGAUGCAUGUCUGGAGGUGGUGGUGGUUCAUUGGUGGUUUAUACAGGUCGAGUCAAUGGUCCUUCAUACAUCAAAAUCAUUCAAGAUGCCGUACCUGACUUUAUUGAAGGUGCAUUCGGUCAAACAAAUACUAAUAGGGUUUUCAUGCAAGAUAAUGCACCGUCUCAUAAAUCAAAAUUUGCGAUGAGAUGGAUGAAAGAUAAUAACAUUCGUCUGUUAAACUGGCCAGCUAGCUCACCUGAUGUUAACCCGAUUGAAAAUCUAUGGGACUAUUUCGAUAAAGAGCUUCGAAGAUUAAAACAAAUGAACGUAAGACAAUUACAAACGAUGAUUGAAGAUUUGUGGAAAAGUGUGACAUGUCAACAAUGCCAAAAACUUGUUGAUUCGAUGCCACGACGUGUGAAACAGUGUGUCUUAACUCGUGGAGGGACUUUCACUAAAUAUUGA